UGUAAGGGCUAGUUUCCCUCCCCUUUCCGGUUUCCCACUUAUACAAUAAAUACGGUAAGACCCUGACUAUUUACCCUGAGUCAUAAUAACUCACCUCUCUUUUCUCUACAGGAGUUUUACCCAAAUUCGGUUUACUUCCUCGACUGCUAUUUCUGCUCAGCUUUUUCAUAAUCUGAUUUCCUAUGGCCGCUUUUCUAAGAAGGCUAACUUCUUUGGUGCUCUUGUUUCUAUUUGUAAGCUUUACAGAUGCUAGAGAAAUCUUGGUUGGUGGGAAGACAGAUGCUUGGAAGAUCCCAUCUUCUGAAUCAGACUCUCUCAACAAAUGGGCUGAAAAUUCCCGUUUCCGCAUUGGCGACUCUCUCGUGUGGGAAUAUGAUGGUGGCAAAGACUCAGUGCUGCAAGUGACUAAGGAGGCUUAUGCAAGCUGCAAUACCUCAAACCCUAUUGCAGAGCACAAGGAUGGAAAAACCAAUGUUAAGCUUGAAAAGUCAGGGCCAUUCUAUUUCAUUAGUGGAGCUAAGGGUCACUGUGAGCAAGGCCAAAAGUUGCUUGUGGUUGUGUUGUCUCCAAGGCACAGAUACAAUGGAAUCUCCCCUGCAUCUUCUCCGGCGGAAAUUGAGGGUCCUGCCAUUGCUCCUACAAGCAGUGCUGCCGCGUUGAAGGCUGGUUUUUCGGUGACACUGGGGGUUUUGGUUUUGGGGUUGUUCUGAGCUGUGAGUGGCUUUAUGGAUUUUGAGUGAUAAUCUUGGAUUUUGCUAUCCAAUAUUAUUAGGAAGAUUAUUUCAUUUUUUUUUUUAUGUAGUUGAGAUUAUAGCAAUAUAAUUCAUUUAAUAAUUACUUCAAUACAAAGGAAAGUGUUCACCGCUUUUCGUCCCUGACAUUUCUCACCGAAACGAGGGUAGUUUGCAGUCAUUUACUGAUUAAUCUAGAGCCUGGACAAGCAUUGUUCUAAAAAGGAUUUAUGUCACUAAUGUUACGUGAGAUACUUGAGUCUUGAAC